AUGGCUUCUCACUCCUCUGUAGCAUCGAGAACCCGAUCCCGGACAAAGAAAGAAGCUAACUUUGCUGGAGUUUUCUCCAAUGUGGAGCCCGGAUCUUCAGGAGCGAAGCGCGCGGUGCGUGAUGUACGCUUUCGCGAGACUUCUGGCCCAGAAGCAGAGAGCAGCGGCAGAGGAGCUCGACAAAGAGUCUCCUCUGUUUCGGGUGGUUUGGACGGCGGAGGCGGCGCCGGUGAUGACAGCCGUGAGAGCAUUGAUGUUACAGACGGUGCAGACGACACUGACACUGAUGAAGUGAUUUCAGUGAGUGGAAGUGAGGAGGAGGAAGAAGAGUCCAGCGAUCACAGAUCUCAGACGGUGCCAAGGUUUGAGCCUAACCGUGUCUCUCAUAAACUUAAGAACAUUGAUAUUGUUGAUGUCGUCAUUAGUGACUCUGAUGAAGAGGAGAGCAUGGACUUUGAGUAUGCUGAGAGUGUAGGUGGCCAUGAAAAUGGAAGGUUUGGAGAUGAUCUGCGGGUGAUUGACGAUGCGGGAAAGAAAGAGGAUGUGGAACGUAGAGUUUCAUGGGUCAAUGAGUGGUUGCAGGAUGAUGCGGAGGAGGAAAAAGAAGAAGAAGCGAUCAAUGUUGAGCAUGAUAUCGAGUGCAUGGAUGAUCCGGUGAUUGAUAAAGCGGAAAGGAAAGAGAAUAUGGUAUGCAGACUUUUGUGGGUGAAUGAAUGGUUGCAUGGUGAUAUGGAGGAGGUCAAGGAGGAAGGAACGAGUAAUGUUGGACCAUUAAAUGCAGAACUCAAUUCCCCUUCCAAUGAUGAGAAUGGAAAUAGUGGGAAAAUGGAGGAAAGAGGAAGUUCUAGUGUGUCGGAGCCUGAAGAAAUGAUGGAAAAAGAGGAAACAGGAGACGGGGUUAAAAAUGGCGAUGAAGGGUUGCAGGCUGAUGAUGAUGAGCAGGAGGAAGAGGAGGAGGAAGGCGGAGCAGAGAUUGAGUUCGACAGAGUGAAUGCUGGAACAGAUGUCUCUUCUGUUAAUGGAAAGGGAAUGAUCAGGGAGAUGGAAGAAAGAGGAAACUUUUGCACGCCGGAGAAAGAAGGAUCGAGUCAGAGCCAAGAGAAGUCGACUUCCCAGAUUUUGGUCUCUGGAGUUGAUAGAAGAACACAGGAGAAAGGAUUUGGGAAAGUAGAAGGUCGAAAGGAGAGGGAUUCAGGCAUGUCCUGUAGCAUCCGACAAUGGCAAAAGAAAAGGAAAUGUGAUGAUUGCAGCGGUGAGAAAGCGGUAGCAAACAGAAGUGCCGAGAAAGAGCAAACAUCUGCUACUGAUGGUACUGGGAGAAAUGAGUAUAGGGGCGAUUGGGAGUCCAGAACAAGGGGUGAGAGAGCUCGCAAAUCAAGGGAAAAUACGUUAUUCAAACUUGCCGAUUGCAUAUUGGGGAAGGAUGAGAUUCUUCAAGAUGACAUUCAGAAGGAAAGGGCAGAUGAAGAGAAACAGUUUGCUGGUGCUGUGAAGGAGGAGAGAAAGGAAAUAUUUGAGACUUUUGGCACGACAGCCAGCAGCAUGAAAAGAGACUGUUCAGUUGAUAUGUACGAGCAGAAGAAAGUCGGUGAAAUCUUGACUACGUCAGGCGAAGAGGGUGUCGGGGUGCAUCAAGCACAAGAGAGAAAAGAUCAUAGGAGCAUCGAUGACUAUGACAUUCACUGGGAGAGAUCCGUCAGGUCAAAAGAAUUUAAGUAUUUCCAACGUCUUGCUCAGAAAUUCAGAGAUAACAAAGAUGAUGCCGAUCGGGAAGAAGUUGUAUGGGAAAUACCAAGAAGGACAGAGCCGGAGCCACAGGCUGAAGUGACUCCGCUUCCCGUGAAGUUCUUCUGGGGAGACGAGGAACCGGAGCCAGCACCAAAAUCUGAAGCAGAGAAGGAGAUGGACAAGAUGUGGAGCGACAUGGAAUUUUAUCUUAGAGCUGGAGAACUUAGCUCUUCCAAACCCCCCGAAACUGAACCAAGUCGAGCCACCCUUUGUCCAGGAGGAAAGCAUGAGCUCAUCUGCAAUGAGGAAAUUGGUUUGAUUUGUCUCUUCUGUGAUCAAGUAGUGCACGAGAUAAAAUAUGUCUUCCCACCAUUUCUACCAUCAUUUGAAAAGUUCUCCACCGAAGGGUCAGGAAAGAAAACAUUGCCCAACAGAGAGAAUCCGUCUUUGUUUGAAGGGCUUUGUCUUCUGCCUUCUGGAAAUGACUCUGCCGAACUCUCUCAUCAGAGCGGCUCCAUUUUGGAUCUCAUCCCCUGUGACCGGAGUAAAUUGUAUCCACACCAGCUAGAGGGCUUUGAGUUUAUGUGGAAGAACCUAACAGGGUCUACUGAUCUAAAAGAAUUGUCCAACUCUGAGCCUAAGGACGUUGGUGGAUGCAUCAUAUCUCAUGCUCCAGGUACGGGGAAGACUUGCUUGACCAUACUUUUUCUGCACACGUAUCUCAGACUCUUCCCCAAUUCCCGCCCUGUGGUUAUUGCUCCUGCGAGCUUGCUUCUCACUUGGGAAGAAGAAUUCAGGAAGUGGAACAAGAAAUGGGACAACAGCAUUUCAUUUCACAACUUGAAUAAUCCGGAGUACUCCGGGGCAGAAAAUCCUGAGGCUAUGAGAAUGGUGGAAGCAAAUAGGCACCUCCAGCAAUGUAGCGAUGUGAUGCGGAUGAUCAAGCUCUAUUCCUGGAGUAAGAGCAGCAGCAUACUAGGCAUAAGUUACACUCUGUAUGAGAAGCUUGCUGUCCAGAAAAGGGAAGGCAUAAAGGAUCCGGAGAAGAAGUCAGCGAUUCAAAAGAAAGAUGAAGAGAUGAGAAAGAUUCUUCUCGAUUUGCCGGGUGUAGUGGUUCUUGACGAAGGGCACACACCACGAAACCAAAGGAGCAGCAUUUGGAAUCUUCUGCUGAAACUUCGGACUGAGAAGAGGAUCAUCCUCUCAGGCACCCCUUUCCAGAAUAAUUUUCUAGAGCUCUAUAACACCUUGUGCUUAGUGAGACCCGCAACAGCAGACAAACUCCCCCUUAGUCUCAAGAAAUUCUGCCAUACAAGAACAAGACAGCAGAAAAGAGCUAAAACAGAUUAUACCAAUUCCUUCGUUCAGCCACCUGACAAAGUGGCUGAUGAUGCGAUUGUGAAUCUCCGGUCUAUCAUGGCUCCAUUUGUUCAUGUUCACAAAGGGAGCAUUCUUAAAGAGAAUCUUCCUGGUAUAAAAGAGUGCAUAGUGGUGUUAAACCCUGGGGAUAUGCAAAGGAAGAUUGUCGAGAACAUUCAAAGAUCUCAAUGCGGGUUUGAGUAUGAGUUCAAGCUGUCUUUGGCCUGCAUUCACCCUUCUCUGAUCCUAAGCUGCAAUGCAUAUUCGGAUGAAAAACCUGUUAUCUGCCGUGAGCAUCAGAAGCUUGAAGAUCUGAAGACUAACACAGAUGCCGGGCCAAUACAAAGAGCCACUGUCCAUGAUCAGUGA